CAGCUACUAAAAUCAUACAUUCUUUUCACGUUCAAUCGUGACGAGCAAGGGGCAGUGUUGAUUACACACUCGAGUUUCUGACCGCCUGGACACACACGGUUUAGGGGCGGAGCUUUCUCGACCACUACACUCUCUAAGGCUGUCAAUCAAAAAGGCUCGCCUGCGAACAAAGGACCCAGGCUCUAUCAGCUUAUUAUUGCCGGCUGGUCGAGUUAGAUGGUACAGUACUCUACCGACCAACCGCCUGUCUCUCACAGUGUGCUUCUCUCUAGUCCACAGUCAUGGGCAAAGCAGUUUGAAUGGAGAAUUAAUCGUGAAGGAUCCUCAUGGAUCUAUGGAUUACUGUGUGAUCUUUCCCAUGGAGGACUUUCUCAUAUGGAUUUGAUAUCAACUUACAGUUGUUUGAGUGUUUCAUGAGCACACUGGCUGCAUACCCGUAAACUAGCCACACUGGCGUACCGAGCCGGACAUUUAAGUGGCGAGAGCGGAACAAAAAAUCACGGGGGUCUUCUUGGUAGGACACCGGGAAGAUGAGUUCUGUCGAACACACUGCUACAGUGGACAGGGGAUUAAAAAUGAAGAUUAAGCGUAAAAAUGUGGGACAAAGUUCUAACAAAACUGAUCAGAAGCACGAAAUUGUGAAAACUGAAAAGGAUGCCUGUAAGGCUGUGUCAAAUUCUGAAGGAAAUACUUUGCAAACAACUCAGAACUCAAACGGAGUGUUGGAGAAAUCGACAAAGCACUGUUUGCUUUCAGAGAGGGGAGACCGAUCGCCUAUGAAAAUGAAGGGGUCUCACAAGGGAGAAAAGAAAACCAAAGAAAAGGGUAAAACCGAGAGUGGGAACGUUUUAAACGGAGGCACUUCAUGUGCCGGACCUUCUAGUGUAAGUAACGGUUUGGAUGCCCUCCUCAACCAAGUUUCAAUGGAACCUCGGGUCGGUGACAGUGCUCAAAUGAAAAGGGAAAAAACAGUUAGUGAUCCUUAUGAAUUUAAUGCCAAACUUGAGGACGCAGGUCCAGGGAUAGAACUACCAAUGAAAAAGAUGAAAAGUGAGAAGGUGGAAACUGCAUCUUCUCCCAUGCAGACAUCCUGCUCUGAUGUGGGUGUAGAAACGUCCAAUGUGGGUGUGGCCACCGAUCCAGACUGCCUUGGUCCGUGUGAGCCAGGGACAAGCAUCACACUGGAGGGGCUUGUCUGGCAUGAGACUGAAAAUGGUGUGUUGGUUGUGAAUGUCACAUGGCGAGGAAAGACGUACGUUGGUACUCUGCUCGAUGCCACACGCUACGACUGGGCACCGCCAAGAUUUAACUGUGAAUCGCCUGUGAGUGACUUUGAGACACGGACACCUAAAGGUCGUGGAAAGAGGAUACGCGGCGCUGCAGGUACUCCUGUUAACGAAAAAGCCAAUUCCGAGGGAAGGAAGCUCCGAACGAAGACCCGUCGUGGGAGCAGUGCUAGUUUCCAGGCACCUCCAAGUCCUGCCCGAUCAGAUGUGUCCAUCGGUGGGGUGAAGAGGAAAGGGCGGCCUCCAGAGUUGGACUUGUCAGACAAUGCUAAAGUUAAACGGUGUCGUUCAAGUUCUAGGGGAACCCCAGGCACAGAGAGUCCAUCUCCUGUGCUUAUUGAGUGCCCUGAACCCAACUGUAAUAAAAAAUACAAACACAUCAAUGGACUAAGGUAUCACCAGACACAUGCUCAUCAUAAUCUUGGUGGAAACCAAGAUGACGAUGAUGAUGAUGGCGAGGACACUGAUGCCCCCACCCCUCCUGUCACACGGGCUGGUAAAAAGGGCAAUACAAGUGAAAGUGAGAAAAGCAAGGAAAAAGCUUCCAGUGAUAAGGACAAUGAAGAAAACAUUCCACUUAAUGAAAUAGCGGCAGCUUCCAGCAAAGCUAAGGCUGCAGCUGCUGCUGCUGCAGCAGCAGCUUCAACCUCAUCUUCUAAUCAGGAAAAGAACACUACCAAGAGUGAUAGCAAUAAAUCAGAUAGUUCAAAAUCUGAAUCCACAUCAGGGUCAUCUAAAAAGAGAGAAACUGCCGUCACCUCAACAGUGACACCUGUGACUUCAUCCGCCAAAAUUUCAGUGCCAACAACCCAGGUAUAUCAGAUCUCUGGGGCUCCUAUUGGAUGUCUGGCAGGUGUUGCUGCCUCCGUGGUAACACAGGCUGUUACCGUGGCAACCACAUCCAUAACAGCUAGCAGCCCUUCUCCAGCACCAAUUCCAGUAGCUGUCACAGCUAUGACCACACAACCUCAGGCAGCAGAACUUAUCAAAACUGAAGCCUCAAAGGACAAAACUGAUAAAACUAAAACAAAAAGUGCAACACGUCCAAUUGUGCCAGCACCACCACCUCAAGUGAUUGCUUUGUCAAGUAGUGGGACGGUCAGUCAUUCCAAUCUAUCCCCAGUUUCCACACAGAUGUCUCCUUCAAUAAGGCCAAUUCAGCCCAAGCCUACCAUUAUGGGUGAGCCAUCAGGUAUAAACCCUGCCCUAGUUUCUCUCAGGCAGGACAGGAAACCCAGAAGAAGGGAGACAGAGAAGAAACUCAAGAAAGAGAAAGAUGGGAGUAAUGGUAGUGCUCUUGUGAAUAAUAAUAAACAAUCUUCCAAAGAACAAGUGCUAAAAGAUGAUCAGUCAAACUGUAAGCGUCCAGCUGUGAUAAAAACUGCUCUUGGUCCGUCCAGACCUGGGGAGACACCUCCUCGUAAAGACAAUAUUGUGCCAAUCCAUGAGACACCAAAGACAUCUCAUGAGUCUCAGAGACCAUCCCCCUCAGGGCCUUCUGUAAUAGCAACUCAAGGACUUAUGAAAGGUGGAGAUCAGCAACAGGCAGCACGGCUGAAUCAGCCACCCAACAUGUUGAAGGUCAACUCUCCUCUGAGGGUGACCACGCCUGAUCAUGAUCGGAAAACUCCUGUAACAGAAGAUGUCCAGAGUCCAGCUUAUUCUGACAUUUCUGAUGCAAAUGAGUCAGGUUCCCCUCAACAAAAUGAGAGCCCAUCUAAGAAAGAUGAAGUUUCUAUUAAAAAGGAAAAGGUAUCUACUCCACAAGGACCACAAGGUGAUGGUAGCAUGUCAUCACAUUAUGGAAUGUAUUCAUAUUAUGGACAGCAGUAUAUGAUGCCCAAUGUUGCAGGGUCCCAUUUAUCUCCAAGUGCUCCUAAGCCCCACAUAGCAGGACAGGAAGGGAGCUCGGGCAGUGAGGACAAGAAGCAGACUGCUCUCCAAGAGGACAGGAAAGCUGGUGAAAAGAAACCAGAGGAUAAGGAUGAUGUUAAGGUGAAACUUGAAGCUGCUGGGGCUAAGCAUGCUCCUACACAAAUGCAUCCAGACUAUCAUGCUAAGUACAUGCAGCAGGUGUAUGCUCAGAUUCAUCAUCUGCCUCAUCAUGCCCAGUAUCAGUGUCUAGCAGCCUAUGGACUCAUUGAUCCCAACCAGUAUCACAUGCACAUGAUGGCUCAGGACCCUCAUGCAAGGCAACAAUAUGAGAAGGCUGCAGCUGAUGAGAAGAGGCAUCAGCAGGAACAGGGACUGAAGGACAGUGAAGGCAAUAAACAAUCUGAAACCCGUCCAUCAUCCCAAGAGCAUGGCGCUCAGCCUUCUGAGCAUCCUGGAAUGUCCAAACCACCACAGCAGCCUCAGCCUGGUCAAACACUGGGAGGUCCUCAGGGCAUGCAGGUUGAUAGGUUACAGGACAUGAAGAAGGCUGUCUCAGACAGGCCAACAGAGAGAGAAAUUAGGGAUCAGAAUUUAAGGGAGAAACAGAACGAGAACCACCAGAUCCUGAAGGAGAACAUUGAACUGAAGUCUCAGAUGGAUCGUCCUCGGCAUUUUGACAUGCAAUAUGAUUUCCGCAACCAGGAGGAAAUCAGGAGACAGCAUAUGUUUCAGCAGCAGAAAAUGUACGAACAACAAAAAAGAAAGAUGGAACUGAGUAGUGAACCUCCUGAGCUUACGAGCACAGAGGCAGGAAACAAGAAACAGGCACUGGGCAGGACAGAGGGACCGAAGGGCAUUGAACAGUUCAGGGAUACAAAGAAAGAGGUGAUUGAUGGUAGGAAAAAUGUUCAUGGACAUGAUAUGAUUGGAAAAAUGAGUACUGAUGUGAAAAUGAUGGACGACAAGUCCAGAAAUAGUGAUAAACACAGAGGGCCUUUAGAUGUGUCUAAGACCAAGCCCUCUCAUUCAGUGUCCUCAAGUGUGAGUACAUCUUCUCCUUCUAGCAAUGCACCUUCCUCCACAGCCCAGAAUGCCUCAUAUCAAUCCUACCUCCAAUAUCCUUCUUAUAUGCAGUCUCCGGUCCAUUAUGGACACAUGGGUUACGAUCCCAACAACCCAAUGUACCGAGGUGUGAACCCUCAGGUCAUGGGAUACAGUGGUACCCCUUACCUCCACUCCCCUCAGCUGGGAUACGCCAGAGUUGGGGGGCCUGGGGGAAGGGAAGGGGACAAGGAAAAGUUGGAUUCUAGUAUAAACAAAAGUGGUAGUGCUGGAAACCCUGAAUCCUUAGAAAGUGAAGGGAAAAGUGAGAGUGUUCCUCAAGGAUCUCAAUUCUACAGCAAUGUGCAUAAAAUACACGAACUUGGUGAACGAGGACGACCAAGUCCUCAUGGGUCCUCCCCAGUGCCCCAGAAACCUGGGACAGGGGAGUCUCCUGGAACAGCUCUACAGGUGCAUCAGGGGGUGGGGGAGAAGGCUCGGGAUUACUCCAACUCCCCACCCACCCAGCGCCAUCUACACACGCACCAUCACACUCAUGUGGUCAGUGGAUAUGGGCCCGCUAUGUACGAACCUAUACCAUACAAUGCUCCAAUGUUGAUGUCUCAUUCUGCUGCUGCAACUGCUGCCCUGCAACAUCCAUACAACUCCAAAUAAGGGCAUGGAAGAUGUAAAUUUGAAACCUAACCUCCAAAUAUGGUUUGGGCGAAUAUAAAAGUGGAAUUGAAAAUAUCACGAAUUGACAAGAUUGAUGGAUAAUGGAGUACCAUAUUACCCUGUGGAUAAUCUACACUGAUGGAUGUGUUGCAUGCAAAUUGUGGAAUUUGAUGGACCUACUUCUGACAUGGAAAAUGAUCCCAGCAUUAAGUGAUAAGCUUAUUUAUUUGGAUUCCAUUAAAGUUUAAGAGAUUGUUGAGCAAGUGGCAAAUCAAGUUUGUGAAGGAAAAGAUUGAAUUUGAUUUUGAAUCAACCUGAUUUCAUUGUGGAUUGGUUAUAAAGAGUGCUGUGUGGUCUGUAAACAAGAUCCAAGGGCGAAUAUUGUGAUAAAACGUUACAUUUGGUGCAGAAGGCAAAACGCCUGCAGAGGAACGCUUCAAGAAUUGGCAGCUAGCCAAUUCAAGUCUAUCAUCCUUCGAGGGAGGAAUAAUAUUUGAUGUUCUAAUUGACUUGUGCAUAAAUGUUUUAUUACUGCCAUAAUCUAAAUGGGCACAUUUCAAAUACUGUGCUGUGAAAUUUAAUCAGUCAGGGACUGUGAAUGCUUAAACUUUGAUCAGACUCGUAAACUGCAGGAGCAGUUUAAAUAAUUGAAUAUUGAAUAUUAUAACUUGUGGUGACUUAUCUCUAUCCCAUUGUGAAUAAAUGAUUACAGGAGUGGGAUUACGUACAUAUUGAACGAGAACGGCUAUAAACAUUACCCAAGAACAUAACUGACAAGCCCCAAACUAUCAAGGACAUGAUUGAUGGAUUUGAGUGUGUUCAUCCUGGGAUGUUUGGACAAUAAAUUGUGGUGUAGCAUAUAGCAUAUGUUUCACAUACAAAAUAUCCUCAACUGAGGGAUAUGUGACUCCAUACCCAGACUGCCUGUGGCUGUUGGAAGGAGGAAGGAUAUACCGGCAUGCCUAUUGUGGCUUGGCCAGUGGUAUGACAGUCAUUUUAUCUUCCUUUCUGCAAGUGUGAGCUAACCCAGAGUAGGACUCCAAACAAUGGGCCCUGGGCUAUGAGUGAACUCUGCGUGGUUCUAAUCACACAUGUGUCCUGCUUCCCUAGAACUGUGUACAUUUGUGUUCAGGAAAAACAAACAGCAUUUUAUUGUAACUCACAGCCCUAUGGUGUUACCCGAGCACUCUUCCCUUAGAGAGGGGCUUCACAAUGUGUUAUCCAGGGCAGUGUUGUGCUGGUGAUAUGGGCUUGCUUUCACCAUGAUUUGUUUGAAAAAUGCAAGGUGUAAUGAAAACAUCAAUGGACUGACUAAUGUCACUUAUUUACCAGUGCAUAACAUCAUCAAUAUUUUUUCUUUCCAAGGGACCACCCUAUACAGGCUGAUUUGAAAUAACUUCAAUAUGGCCGCCACUAUUUGUGGUUGUUGUGUAUGAGUGGAUUUCUGUGGCAGCUCGUACUAUUUGUUCCCUGGCAAGUAGAGCCAGUUUAUAUAUCCUCAUAUAAAUCUAUAGGCCAUAGCGCUUUGCUGUAGAAAGUACGAAAUCAGAAAAAAAGAGACGUUUUAUUUGUGUAUUAUUCUAUUGUUUUUCCAUGUAGAACGUUUUGCCAGUGUGAAUGGUGUGAGUGGGUGUGUAUAUAUAUGUAUGACUGUUGUGAGCUAGGCACAUUAAUCAUUAGUCAAGAUUUCAUCAUUUUGCCACCCGUUGAGGGCCCCAGUGCCCAUUAAGUUGCUUGAAUGAGUUCUACAUUGUUUGUAUAAUAAACAAACUUUAUUGAGAUCUA